AUGUACUGCAGGGCAGUUGGCUCCAUGUUGGGCCGGAUUACUAAGCUCAAGGACUGCAAGGUGGUGGGUUCAGCAGGGUCUGACGCCAAGGUGGCCUUCCUUAAAGAGCUGGGCUUCGACGAGGCCUUCAACUACAAGACUGUUAGUUCUCUGGAGGAGGCACUGAAGAAGGCCUCUCCAGAGGGAUACGACUGCUUCUUUGAAAACGUGGGAGGCCCCUUUUCAACUGUUGCCUUGCAGCAGAUGAAGAACUUUGGAAGAAUAGCUGUGUGUGGAAGUAUUUCUGUGUACAAUGACACCACUCCUCAGACAGGCCCGUACCCCAUCUGA